AUGGAUUCCAAACGAUACGAAGAGGAAAACACCGUGCCGAUAACGGAACGACCCAAUGAACUGACACGGGAUAUCGAUGUUGGUUCUGCAGGUGAUAUUGUCCGAAUUCUGCGCCAGUGCGAUUCGCAGAUAUUUUCGGGCUGGAAACACUUUCAGAGUAUUUAUGACGAGGAAACCAUUUUUGCGAUGGAAAAAGUAGUGGAGAAGGCUGCAGAAGUAUUGCAGCAAAGCGGUGCUGUUGUGUUGAGCGGGUGUGGUACAUCGGGGAGGAUCGCUUUUUUCUUAGCUCAGAAAUUCUCCAAGCUUGCCAAAGAACAGGGACUAUUAGCGAGUUAUGAAUACAUUAUAGCUGGAGGUGAUAUUGCUCUGUUCAUGUCUCAGGAAGCACCUGAAGAUGAUUGGAGGAAAGGCCAGGAAGAUUUAGCACAGGUGUCCAGUAACAAGACCAGGGUACUGUAUAUUGGCAUAACAUGUGGUCUGUCAGCACCUUAUGUGGCUGGUCAAUUGGAUUACUGCAUGAAUCACCCUGAUGUUUUUAUCCCAGUUCUUCUGGGAUUCAACCCUGUGAGCCAAGCAAGAAGGAAUGUAAUAGAAGGGUGGAGCAAGUCAUUCUAUGAUGUUGCUUGUGCUUUGCAAGGUAAGGAGAGCAUGGUAGCCAUGCCAUUUUUAUCAGCCUUUUUCAGGCUAUCCAGGCUCUUGCAUUCUCACUAAAAGACUAAUAAUUUGAAACUGACAAGAGAUAGCCUACGUUGUUGCAGCUGACCCAUGCAUCCUCUAGACCAUUAGAAUAGUCUGUCUACCAAUUACACCUGUAGUGCACAAAAGCUUGUUCUGGUAUCCAGCAGAGUCACAAGGAUGUAUGUGAACGUUUCUGAUAGGCGAGUUUCUCACGGGUUUCUUACACGACUCACGAUUGGUGCAAUUCUUACGUGUUCAUGACGGUUGGGUGCAGGUUAGACAUAUCAAUAGAAGGAACAAGGCCCCUACUGUCACCACCCAAUCAUUGAAUAUUAACUUAAUAUAUCUGGAUGCCUAAGAGGUUUUAAAAGUUUUGAUCCUCUUCAUCCCAACUCCCCCACCCCGCUUGCUGGGAAAAUCAGUUGAAGAGAUCCCAAAUUUUAGAGGCAAAAGACAAGAGUGGAAUAGCUUUGGAGAUUUAGAUACCCAUUUGAAGGCAAAAAGUUAUGACAAAACAUGAAAAUCACACCAAGCUAAGCUGGGAGUAAGUCUACAGGUACUCUUCCAGACUAAUCAGGCAAGGCACCCCCCUCCUACCCCCAAGUCUCUGGAUUAUGAUAGUGCAGAAACACAAUUCCAAUGAAUACUGUAUAUUGUCUAUUUUCUGCCACUGCAGCGAUGGACCCUUUUUCUAAUGAAAGCUCAGCUAACACCAAAUGCAAUCUCACCUGUUGUAGACAACCGAUUUGAUCUUCAAAUGGCGACAGGAAUAUUGGCCAUGUCUUGAUCUGCUAAAAGCGGAGGAAAGCUUAUAAGCACUUCAGUGCAUGCAUGUAGAGUUUGUGGACCUGACCCCCAAAAAAGAAAAAAUAUAUAUUCCAUCUUUAAAGAAUACUUUCUUCUUUAUCUAUUUAUAAAGACAACACUCAUCAUUUAAUUUGAAAAUUUCCUGAUACAGAUUAUGAGAGUGGAAUCAUCCUCAACCCAGUUGUUGGACCUGAAGCCAUCACUGGUUCAUCUCGUAUGAAAGGUGGAAGUGCUACAAAAAUUCUCCUGGAGAGCAUACUGCUUAAAGCACAUAUUACAGUGGGGAAGUCAUCAUUAAUGCCAGGCUGUAUUGGUACACUUCAUCAGUUUCUUUUGAUGUAUGAGCACAUGUAUCGAGCCACAUACCUUAAUCAUUCUAGUAUAUCGAAAGCUGUAGAGCUGGCUGCAAAGAGCCUACAAUGUAAGGGCCAAGUGUACUACACUGGAUGGGGAUCAUCUGGGUUCAUGGGCCUCUUAGAUGCCUCUGAAUGUGUUCCUACAUUCAGUGCCCAUUUUGAUGACAUCAGAGGAUUUCUGGAAGGAGGUUAUCAUACUCUUAAGAACGAGGAAGGAGAGUAUCUACUAAAUGGAUUAACAAAGCUUCAGAUUUCUCUGAGAGAUUUUCAAGAAAGUUUUUUGCCCAACUUGACAUUGCAUGACACGGUAACAUUUAUUUGUUCUGAAGGUAACGUCAUUCAGCAAGUGAGGAAGUUGGUAAAUCUGACAGAGAAGAAAGGAGCACAUGUGAUUGGCAUUGUUUGUGAGAAGGAAAAAGAGUUAAGUAAUGUUUUCAGGAACAAAUGUCUAAUUGAACUUAAACAACCAUCAAGACACGAACAACUGUUUGAUGGUCAUUUACCAGUGUUUGACAGUAUUUUGAACCAGUGUCUUAUGGAGAUGUCCAUCAAGUGGAUUCUCAAUGCUGUCUCAACUGGAGCACAUAUAGUAAAAGGCAAAGUUCUGGGAAGUUUCAUGAUUGAUCUCAAAGUCAGCAACAACAAGUUGUUCCAUCGAGCAGUAUCCAUAGUUUCAAAGUUUGCCAGGGUUAGUCAAGAAAGAUCUCAUCUUGCUGUUUUACAGUCAAUAUACAGGUCUGAUGUUGUUGACAGUGUACUUAAUCAGCAAGUAUCUCAGCAUGUUUCUAUAGCAACUGCCAUGGAUCAAGUUGUACCGGUAGCAGUAUUAGUAGCUACAGGCAAGUUCAAUAUUGAGUCUGCUGUAGAGCUCUUAAGGACAAAAACAAUUUCCCAUAUUCUCAAAAAUUGUUGCUUCAACUAA